CUGCCAUUCUCGGGAUCCUUCCUUUACUUUCUCCUCAAACCAACGACACUAUUGAUUGGAUUUCUCUUUUCUGUUUUCCUUCGCAAACCUACAACAACCUGGCGCACGAUAGCACCAACGCUUUUAGUUUCGUAAUAACUGUUUCUGUUUCACAACCGUAAUUAUUUUCACUUCCAAACCCGAACAAACUCCUUGAAAAUUUUCCUUCCUCUUUCUGUUUUCCUUCUCUGAACCGAACGGAGGAUCUGUCAUCUGAGUCAGAGUCACAGAAUCAGAGAGAGAGAGAGAGAGCUUUACGAUCGGAGCUCUCUGUUGAUUGGUGUGUAUUCAGCUGCGAUUUCAUUUUCUUCUCUGUUGUUUGGAAGCGAGCAGGUCAAAUAUUGGCAUGUGGGGGCAUUAUCGUGAAACUUCAUCUAUGUACAAACGAACUCCUUCAAGAGAUAAUUCAAACAUGGAUGACGUGGAAGAAAACUCAGAUCUUUUAGACAACUGCUUGGAUAAGGAAACCUCAAAUCCUUCAUGGAAGCUUUCCUUACCGCAUGUACUUGUGGCAACCAUUUCUUCGUUCCUAUUUGGAUACCAUCUCGGAGUAGUUAAUGAACCACUUGAGAGCAUUUCCGUGGAUCUUGGCUUCAGUGGAAAUACCUUGGCUGAAGGCCUGGUGGUGAGCAUUUGUCUUGGUGGUGCCUUGAUUGGAUGUCUACUGAGUGGCUGGAUUGCUGAUGGGGUGGGGCGUCGUAGAGCUUUCCAGUUGUGUGCUUUGCCAAUGAUAAUCGGUGCUUCUAUGAGUGCAGCAACAAACAACUUGUUUGGCAUGCUUGUAGGAAGGUUAUUUGUUGGGACUGGCCUGGGCUUGGGCCCUCCUGUUGCCUCUCUGUAUGUCACAGAGGUUUCUCCUGCUUUUGUGCGAGGUACCUAUGGAGCCUUCAUCCAGAUUGCUACAUGCCUUGGUCUAAUGGGAGCUUUAUUUAUUGGAAUUCCUGUCAAAGAUAUUUCUGGAUGGUGGCGGGUCUGUUUCUGGGUAUCUACCAUUCCAGCUGCUAUACUUGUUCUGGCUAUGUUCUUCUGUGCAGAGUCUCCACAUUGGCUAUACAAGCAAGGAAGAACUGCUGAAGCAGAAGCUGAGUUUGAGAGGCUUCUGGGUGUAUCAGAAGCAAAAUUUGCAGUAUCAGAGUUAUCCAAGGUAGAAAGAGGAGAUGAUACUGAUGCUGUGAAGCUCUCGGAAUUGGUUCGUGGACGUCAUUUUAAAGUUGUUUUUAUUGGAUCAACCCUAUUUGCUUUACAACAGCUAUCUGGUAUAAAUGCUGUAUUUUAUUUCUCUUCAACUGUUUUUAAAAGUGCUGGAGUGCCAUCAGACGUUGCAAAUGUCUGCAUAGGAGUUGCUAAUUUGGCAGGAUCUAUCGUUUCAAUGAUUUUGAUGGAUAAGCUUGGAAGGAAGGUUCUUCUUUUCUGGAGUUUCUUUGGCAUGGCAAUAUCAAUGAUCCUUCAAGCCACAGGAGCAAGUUCACUUGUUUCAAACCUGGGAGCAGCUCUGUACUUAUCUGUUGGGGGCAUGUUAAUGUUUGUCUUAACAUUUGCUCUCGGGGCUGGCCCAGUUCCAGGUCUCCUUCUACCCGAAAUCUUUCCUAGUCGAAUUAGAGCCAAGGCCAUGGCAGUCUGUAUGUCAGUGCAUUGGGUCAUAAAUUUCUUUAUUGGAUUACUGUUCUUGCGUUUGCUGGAGAAACUUGGUCCGCAGCUGCUUUACUCUAUCUUUGCUACCUUUUGCAUGAUGGCAGUAAUUUUUGUAAAAAGAAAUGUGGUGGAAACCAAAGGGAAGUCGCUUCAUGAAAUUGAGAUUGCACUUCUUCCACAGGACUAGAGGUAUCUUCUAUUUUGCAUAGUUUGCGCUAUCAUAGUUUCAGCUGAGCAGGCUGCGUUUCAUCUAUUUCCGUCCACCUUAAUGGUACAAGAAGAAGUUCAAGGCAGGAACUAUGCAUUGUUUUAGUGUAACAUUAAUUCGAAGAGGCUUCGAUACACGGUUUCCGGCUUACUACACUAUUUCAUCUGUUCUCUGUUUGGGUCUGUGGAAUCUCUGAUUUUGCGUCCACCAAAAAAAAAAUAUAUCAAAAGUGGGAAAUCUAUGUAUCCCAUAAUAUUAGCCAAAUGUACUGCAUGUAAAAUGUACUGUAUGUAAUAUAUUUGUCUACGUCUGUACGUGACAAUUUUUAAUCGCUUGAAUAUUGUUUCA